AUGGCAGUUGCUGAUAUCAUUUUUGCAAUUUCUAUCAUGCCCCAAAUCAUCUACAUGAUAAUUUAUUGGAAUAGCACACUUAUCAAUUACAAUCCGUAUGUUAUGGCAAUCACCGGAUCGCCGUUACCCAUAUUUUUGAAAAUUUCCUCAGGGCUCCACGCGGGAGCAGCUACAGAGAGGAUUCUGGCUCUCUACUUCCCAAUCCUGUACCGCAAAAUGGACCACGUCGACUGCUCAAACCUCCUGAUGCUCAUCUCCGUGCUCCUAGGCUUCAUCGACACAGUGCUCGCAAUGUGCACAUUCGAAUACGAGCCACACCUGAAUUGCUCUUCAAUCGGUUGCAUGGUCAACGACCUGUUCAGAACUUACUGGGGAGCUUCGAAUAUGACUUGCGGAAUAAUUAUUGUGGUUAUGAGCGUGUUUGUGUUCUUCAAAGUACAGAAGCUCGAACGGGAAAGUGGGACAAUCGGGGGAAAUAGUGUCCAAAAAGUUCCGUCAAGCAAAUCAUACGACAUGUGGCAUCCUGCUGAGCUCCCUAUUCUGUCUGACAAUCCCAUCCUUGCUCAUUUCUCUCGUCGAGACAUUUGUCGGAUUUUCAAUAUUCGAUCAGUUUGGCCCAAUCUAUGCGGCUUCUCUGCUCACUAA